GAAGGGGAGGAUACGGCGAAGUUUUGGAAUCACGUUUCCACCUAAAAGACACAUUCGCGCACACUCACGAGCCGGUGCAGGAGCGUAGGGCGCAGAACUACAACCGCGGGUGUUUAUUUCGGUGCCGUUGCCCGCUCGCAUUCGGAAAGAAUAUGCUCUUCACCUGGAGCUUCGAUUAGACCGGAUCCCACCCAAGCUGCGGCGUCACCAGGCAGGUCUCAUGUCCCUUCACCAACCAGCCUCUUACUCUCCGUCCUCAUUGUCAUUUCACUGGAUCAUGUUGCAUUUCCUAUUUAUCGUUCUGCUGCUGUCAUCAGAAGUUCAAUGCCAAGGUCGUCUUAAGCUUACAGUGCUGUCUCAAGACAGACUCCAGAUGAAAUGGAAAGAAACGGAUGGACCCAUUCAGAGCUACAAGGUCCGAAUAAGACCUAUCUCAGAUGUGCCGCAGCCAGAGCUCAUGUUGACCACCACACGGGGGCGGGCAACCGUUGCCGGACUGGACUCCAGUCAGGAGUAUGCCCUCCAAGUUCUCAUACUUAAUGGGACCACGGAGAAACUUCUGGCAAAGCGACGAUUCACCUUGGAUGGCCUACGCCAGGAGGAGAUGAUCCGUAGUGGUCAAAGGAGGAAGCUGUUGCCAGGAGGGUCUGGAUCAGAAGACCUGGAUGAUGGUACGGAUGCUCUGCUGGCUCUGCCUACCAUUCUUUAUCCAGACCCUGUUAUCACAACUGUGGCUACAAUGAAUGCAGAGCCGCCAACUAUAGAACAGUCUCUCCCGCCUUUGGACGAGCCCCAGGACAAAUCCACCAAGGAGAAAAAGAAGAGGAAGAAAGAAAAAGAGCGAGACCGUUUUAAGGUGGAAAUCAAGGAUGAACAGGGGAUGACAGUGGGCAAAGAGGAGAAAACACACAAAACACCGAUUCCCACCCAGACGGUUACAGGUCCAUUUCCGAGGAAACCUUUCGAGUGCAACAUUGAUGCUGCGGCAGACAUUGUGUUUUUGGUGGAUGGCUCCUGGAGCAUUGGACGCACUAACUUCCGGCGGGUUAGGGACUUCUUGGAGGGGCUGAUGACACCUUUCCGUAUCGGACCACAAUACAUUCAGAUUGGUCUUAGCCAGUAUAGUGGAGAUCCUCGAACAGAGUGGGAGCUGAACAACUUCACCAAUAAAGACCAACUGGUAGAGGCAGUCAGGAAUUUCAGGUAUAAGGGAGGAAACACUUUCACAGGCCAAGCAUUGCUCCACGUCAUGGAGGAGAACAUGAGGGCCGAAGCAGGCGCAAGGUCUGACACACCCUUCUUCCUUGUGCUCUUGACGGAUGGUAAAUCACAGGAUGACGCCAUCGCGGCAGCAAACCGACUGAAGAAUGCGGGAGUGGAAAUCAUCACUGUAGGUGUUAAGAAUGCCGAUGAAGCAGAGUUGAGGCAAGUGGCUUCAGAGCCGGCAGAUGCGAACGUGUACAACGUCAAUGACUUCCCGCUGCUCAGCAAACUGGUGGCCCGACUCGUCCACAUCCUGUGCGGGAGGAUCGAGGACCGUGGAAUCAUAAAACAAAGUGAACCAGAGCCCACAGUAAACGCGGCCCUCUCUUACCCGAGUCCCACUGACCUUCGGUUCUCCAACCUGGGUUCCAGAGAGGUGAUGUUACACUGGACCAACCCAACAAAGCCAGUCCAGCAAUACAGGGUGGUUUACCACAGUACUGAGGGUUCAAGUCCUCAGGAGGUGGUGGUGGAUGGCUUAGUGUCUUCUGUGCUGCUCCAAGGCCUCUCCUCUCAGACACUGUAUCAUGUGUCCAUUUUCCCUGUGUAUGAAAACAGCGUUGGCCUGGCACUCAGGGGAACAGUCACCACAGUACCACUCUCUAUGCCAACCAACCUGGAGGUGAUGCCUUCCUCUUAUAGCAAACUGCGAGUGAGCUGGGCUGCAGCACCGGGGGCCACUGAGUACCUGAUCCUCUACUCAGCACUCAACGAUGGAGAGCCUGAUGAUGCCAAGGAGGAGAGGUUUGGUGCGGAGCGGACAGUCUUGGAGCUGGCCAGUUUACUUCCUGCAACGGACUACUCAGUCACGCUUUAUGCUCUCUAUGAUGAAGAUUCCAGUGAUCCGGUCACUGCUAUCGCUACGACAUUUCCUCUCCCUCCACCUGUGAGCGUGCACUUCCCAGUGGUAACUCACAGUAUGCUGAGGGUGAGCUGGGUACCUGGAGCUGAGGAUGUCCCCGGGCACAGAAUAACUUACAGCACUAACCAUGGCAGUGACGUAAAGCAGGUGGAGGUAACUGGACAAAGCUCAGUGCUGGUGCAGAGCCUGUCCUCUCUGUCCAGGUAUCUGGUGUCGGUCAGGUCUCACUACCCACAAGGCCUUUCUGCAGCCCUCACCAGUAACAUCACUACUUUGAAAGUACCCUCCCCUUCUGACCUAAGGGUGGCCAAUUUUUCCAGUAGCAAAAUCACCGUACGUUGGGAGGCCGCCGCUGAUGAUGUAAUCUCGUACCUCAUCAAGUGGAUCUCCCUAGGUGGAGGUGACUUGAGACAGAUGAAGGUGAGUGGAGAGAGUGAAGGGGCCAUCCUGGAGGGGAUGGAGGAUGACAAAGAAUACCAAAUCUCGCUGUCUGCAUUAUAUGGAGAUGGAGCUCAAAGUGAAGCUGUGGCUAUACGCUAUAGCACGUUGUCUGGUGGAGGCCCGUCCAGUGUCUCUGUCUCCGAGGAAACACCGGUCAGCAUGACGGUCAGCUGGGUUCCCCCCAACGCUCAUGUCUUGCAGUAUCGUGUCUCUUACAGUGCACUGACAGGAGCUGAGAAUCGGGACGGCGCUGUGUUGGUGCCAGGUGGUGAAAAGCAUGUGGUGCUGGACUCUUUGCAGCCAGACACACGAUACAGCAUCCUGGUCACGGCCGAGUACCGUAACAAAGAAGGAGGCAGUGGCUCAACUCAGGGCAAAACCACCAGUCUACGAGUUAGCAGCGUGAGUGUUGUGCGAUCAGACCAAUCCAGUAUCUGUGUUUCUUGGAGACCCCUGUCAAUUAUUGAUGGCUACCGUAUUGUCGUUCAGUCUGUCAAAGACAAAGUCUCAAUGGAAGAAAUUGUAGAUGCGUCCAGCAACACUCAUUGUUUCAGCGGGCUACAGGCUGAGACCGUGUACCGCAUCAGUGUGCACUCAAUUCUUGGAUCAGCAGAAGGUGCUGCUGUCUCCAUUCUACAUCCAACAGCUCAAGCCCCAGCUAAUAUUCCUGUCAAUCCUCGGAUUUACCCUGUUCAUAAUGAAGUUUGUCCUGAAGUCACCAUCAGAAACAGCAUUGUUAAAGGCUUUGACAUGAUGGAAGCGUUUGGCCUCACUCCGAAAGCUCACUCGUCUGUGGAUGGGGUCGCCGCAGAGCCUUUUGUAUUCAACACGCUGCCCGCCUACACCUUGUACAGAGAUAUCCAAUUGACGCAAAGUACCAAGUUCAUCCACCCUGUAGGCUUCUCCCCCGAACAUACCAUAAGCAUCACCUUCCGCCUGCUGCAGGAAACACCCAAAGAGCCCUUUGCCCUUUGGCAGCUCACUGAUAAUGACUUCCAGCCCAAGAUGGGAGUGGUGCUGGACCCAUUGACCAAGCAGCUGGUGUACUUAAGUCUGGAUUACAGAGGAGAAGUGCAAGAGUUGACCUUUGACCAGCCACAGGUCCAUAAGCUGUUCUAUGGUAGUUUUCACAAGGUUCACCUUUCAGUCAGCCAGGUGGCCGUCUCCUUAUCGGUGGAUUGCCAGCGUGUGGGUGAGAGGCCCGCUCGCCCUCUUGGCACGCUUCCUACUGACGGCUUUGAGAUGCUGGGGAAACUGGCGAGGACCAGAGGACCGAAAAGUGGCUCUGCUGCUUUCCAGUUGCAGUCAUUUGAGAUAGUAUGUAACACAACGUGGGCUGCAGAGGACCCCUGCUGCGAUCUGCCUGCACUGAGAGACGAGGAAAGUUGUCCUCCUUUGGCCGACUCGUGUACCUGCUCCUCUGACAUACCAGGAGCUCCUGGUUCCCCUGGUCCUUUGGGUAAACCUGGUCCCCGUGGUGAGAAAGGAAAUAAGGGUGAACAAGGACACAAGGGUGAAAUGGGUCCUCCAGGAAAACCUGGACUUGAGGGGGGUCUUGGAGCGGUGGGCAGCAGAGGGCUUCAGGGAAUGGCUGUGCAAGGGAAAGUAGGUCCACCUGGGGAAAGAGGAGAAAAGGGCGACCCAGGAAGAGCUGGACUACAGGGUCUACCUGGCCCCCCAGGUCCAAAAGGUGAAGAUGGUCCGCCAGGCCCCAAGGGCAUUCGAGGUGUGGAAGGCAACAUGGGCCCCACUGGCCCCACUGGAUCAAGGGGCUUCCAAGGGAUGCCAGGACACCCGGGACCCACUGGGGAGAGAGGCUUCACCGGUGCUAGCGGGGCUACGGGUCGUCCCGGGAGUAAAGGUGAACAAGGACAGAAGGGAGAGCCUCAGUCCAUGGCCAUGAUCUACCAGCUUGUCACAGAAGCGUGUGAACAACUUGUUCACAAGGAGGUUAGGAAGUUGGACAUAUUGAUCGACGACAUGAGCCGGAAGUCCGCUCCUGUGGAGGAGCCCGUGGGGCCUCCAGGGGAGCCAGGAGUACCGGGUUCCAGGGGUCCACCAGGAUCAAGGGGCACCCAGGGAAAUAUUGGCCCCCGAGGGAGACCUGGAAAACCUGGGUAUCCCGGAGAACAAGGAAGGCCAGGGUUGCCAGGGCCAAAAGGUGAUAUAGGGGCCAAUGUACAGGGACCCCCAGGGAUCAGAGGGCAUACAGGUCCUCUGGGUGAGUCCAAGAUUGGAACCCCUGGGCCAAAAGGAGAAAAUGGAAAGCCAGGACCACCGGGGCUGCCCGGAACUCCCGGCCAGCCGGGCGAGAUCGGACCACCAGGAGUGUGUGACAGCAGUGGAGGGUGCCACGCAGUUCCUCAGCAAGCGGGAGACCCUUAUUAUGGGUACCAGCCUUGAGUGGAUUUUUGCAAGUGGUGGUGAUGACAUCACGACGGGACGCCUGUUUACAUUGCACUGCAUCGUUGUUGACGGUGUUGCGCUUAUGUUGGUACAGCACUCGCAAGCAUCAUCGUUGGAGAAAGCAAAAGAGGAGGAUGAAGAGGAUUUGCCUAUGAUGUCACACCGUUAUGAGGAACCAUCAUAUUUCCUCAGGAUUGUUAUUUCGAUAACUCUUCCCACUUAUCCACUAGGUUCUCUUUUAUAAGCCAUGUUCGCACUGAUACUUUUUUUUAAAAUCAUGUUUAUAAAGUCGUGCACUGAGUUAUAGUUUAGUCAAUCUCUUCCAAUCCUUCGUUUCAUUUUCCAUUCUAAACUGCCUCAAAAACAGUGCCGAUACUUAUCCAUGGUGAAAGAUGUGAUCCAUGGUGUGAAUGACUGUAUGUUGUGUAUGAUAUGUAUAUAUUGAAUGUACGCAGUUCUUCACUUGUGUUCCCUUGUGUCCUUGCUGUAUAAAACACUUUUAUACAGCCGUCAUGGUCAAUAAAUGUGGUGUCUGUGUGUGUUGU